AUGUCUUCCAGACCAGAUUUGAAGGUCGACGAUGAAGUCGGAUUUAUCCGCUUUUACAAAUCUAUUACAGACUCUGAUGAUAAUGAAACCCUCCGAAUCUUCGACCGCGGUGACUGGUACUCCGCCCAUGGUGCCAAUGCAGAAUUCAUCGCUCGAACCGUUUACAAGACAACCUCCGUGCUCCGCAACCUCGGCCGCAGCGAAAGUAGCGGUCUGCCUUCGGUCACCAUGACCGUGACCGUGUUCCGGAAUUUCCUCCGCGAAGCCCUUCUCCAACUAAACAAACGUGUCGAGAUAUGGGUGUCGGGUGGUGUAGGCAAGGGGAACUGGAAACUCGGCAAGCAAGCCAGUCCCGGAAACCUACAAGACGUGGAGGACGAGCUUGGCAGUGUGGGUGCCUUGUCAAUGGACUCAGCACCUAUCAUUCUUGCUGUCAAGAUCUCCGCCCGUGCUGGUGAGGCGAGGAACGUAGGCGUUUGCUUCGCGGAUGCCAGUGUGCGUGAACUCGGAGUCAGCGAGUUCCUCGACAAUGACGUCUACUCGAAUUUCGAGUCUCUGGUGAUCCAGCUUGGUGUCAAGGAAUGCCUGAUUACAAUGGACUCUUCACGAAAGGACGUGGAGCUGGGCAAGAUUCGAGCUAUCGCUGAUAGCUGCGGGAUUGCUAUUUCCGAGCGGCCGGUGGCGGACUUUGGAGUGCGCGAUAUCGAACAGGAUUUGACAAGAUUGUUGCGAGAUGAGCGGUCCGCUGCGACGCUGCCUCAGACUGAGUUGAAGCUUGCUAUGGGCUCUGCGGCGGCUUUGAUCAAAUAUCUGGGCGUCUUGACUGAUGCGACUAAUUUCGGUCAGUUUCAACUGUACCAGCAUGACCUGUCGCAGUAUAUGAAGCUGGAUGCUUCUGCUUUGCGAGCGUUGAACUUGAUGCCCGGGCCUCGUGAUGGAGCUAAAAGUAUGAGUUUGUUCGGCCUGCUGAAUCACUGCAAGACGCCGGUGGGCAGUCGCUUGCUAGCGCAGUGGUUGAAGCAGCCGCUUAUGGAUCUCGCUGCUAUCGAGCUCCGGCAGCAGCUUGUUGAGGCUUUCGUUGUUAACACAGAGCUGAGACAGACAAUGCAAGAGGAACACUUGCGUGCCAUCCCUGAUCUGUAUCGCCUGGCCAAGCGCUUCCAGCGCAAGCAGGCUAAUCUGGAGGAUGUUGUUCGUGUUUAUCAAGUCGCAAUUCGCUUGCCAGGGUUUGUCCAUGCCCUAGGAGAUGUGAUGGAUGAGCAGUAUCAGACCCCGCUGGAGAAAGAAUACACAUCCAAGCUCCGAAGCCAUUCCGACAGCCUGGCUAGAUUGGAAGAAAUGGUGGAAACUACUGUUGACUUAGAUGCCCUUGAGAACCACGAAUUUAUUAUCAAGCCCGAGUUUGAUGAUAGCCUCAGGGUCAUCCGCAAGAAACUUGACAAGAUGCGCUACGAAAUGGACAUGGAGCAUCGCAACGUCGCCAAAGACCUCAAUCAAGAUAUCGAGAAGAAGCUAUUCUUGGAAAACCACCGUGUGCAUGGCUGGUGUUUCCGCGUUACUCGUGCAGAGGCGGGCUGUAUUCGUAACAAGAAGGGGUACCAAGAAUGCUCUACGCAGAAGAAUGGUGUCUAUUUCACCACCACGACUAUGCAGUCCCUUCGCCGGGAGCAUGAUCAGCUGUCAUCCAACUACAACCGGACCCAAACUGGACUUGUCAGUGAAGUGGUCAAUGUCGCUGCUUCAUACUGCCCUGUCUUGGAGCAGCUUGCCGGUGUCUUGGCUCACCUUGAUGUUGUAGUGAGCUUCGCCCAUGCGUCUGUUCACGCUCCCGCGGGUUAUGUUCGUCCUAAGAUGCACCCCCGCGGCACGGGAAACACCGUGCUCAAGGAAGCCCGCCAUCCCUGUAUGGAGAUGCAAGAUGACAUUUCUUUCAUUACCAACGAUGUCUCUUUGAUUCGGGACGAAUCCUCUUUCCUUGUCAUUACCGGUCCCAACAUGGGCGGAAAGUCAACAUACAUCCGACAGAUCGGUGUGAUCGCGCUCAUGGCCCAGACUGGCUGCUUCGUACCCUGUACUGAAGCUGAGCUAACUAUUUUCGACUGCAUUCUUGCCCGAGUGGGUGCCAGUGACUCUCAACUCAAGGGCGUGUCCACAUUCAUGGCGGAGAUGCUUGAAACUGCCAAUAUUCUCAAAUCAGCCACCUCCGAGUCUCUUAUUAUCAUUGAUGAGCUCGGCCGUGGGACCAGUACCUACGACGGCUUCGGUCUGGCCUGGGCUAUUUCGGAGCACAUUGUCACCGAGAUUCGAUGCUUCGGUCUCUUCGCAACUCAUUUCCACGAACUCACUGCACUGGCGGACCGAUACCCGAAAUCUGUUAAGAAUUUGCACGUCGUGGCAUUCAUUGGAGACGGUGAUGAACCUAAUGGUGAAGCUGAGGCUGAAUCGAAGAAGAAGCGUCAGGUGACUCUGCUGUACCGUGUCGAGCCAGGCAUUUGUGACCAGUCGUUCGGUAUCCACGUUGCCGAACUCGUGCGUUUCCCUGACAAGGUAGUCAACAUGGCUCGCCAAAAGGCCGAGGAACUAGAGGACUUUACCUCUGCCACAGCUGAGAAUACAGAAACUCAGCCUGCCUCGCUUGAUAAGUACUCCCAGGAGGAGGUCGAGGAGGGCAGCGCUCUCCUGAAGGAGAUGUUGGUGAAGUGGAAGGCAGAGAUUGAGGGCAAGGAUCUGUCAUCUGAUCAGAAACGGCAAAUCAUGCGCGAUCUGGUCAAUGCAGACGGCAAAUUGCAAGCGAACAAAGUGUUCCAGGGUAUCAAGGCUUUAUAG